AUGCUCUCCAAGACAAGCGCAGCCCUCCUCCUCCUCGGCUCCGGCGCCGCCCUCGCCACGCCGGCCCCACCGGCCGUCCUCGAGGACCGCCAAUCCGGCAACUGCCCGCCGAUCCACGUCUUCGGCGCCCGCGAGACCACGGCGCCGGCGGGCUACGGCACCUCGCAGACCGUCGUCAACCUCAUCGUGCAGGCACACCCGGGCGCCACGUCCGAGGCCAUCAACUACCCGGCCUGCGGCGGGCAGAGCCAGUGCGGCGGCGUCAGCUACGCCAACUCGGUGGUGCAGGGCACGCGCGCCGUCGCGCAGGCCGUCAACAGCUUCAACCAGCGGUGCCCGAGCACGCAGCUCGUGCUGGUGGGCUACUCGCAGGGCGGGCAGAUCAUGGACAACGCCUACUGCGGCGGCGGCGACUCCAACGAGGGGCUGACGGACACGUCGAUCCCUAUCAGCGCAGCGGCGCAGAAGAUGGUCAAGGCGGCCAUCUUCAUGGGCGACCCGAGGCACAUCCCGGGUCUGUCGUACAAUGUCGGGACGUGCCAGGCCUCAGGGUUUGCUCCGCGGCCGUCCGGCUUCAAGUGCCCGUACGCAAGCAACAUCCAGUCCUACUGCGACUCGCCGGAUCCAUACUGCUGCAACGGCAACGACGCCAACGCUCACCAGCAGUAUGGCAACAAGUACGGGCGCCAGGCACUCCAAUUCGUCAACGCCCACCUGAGCUGA